AUGAAGAUGAUGGCGGCGGUGACAGCAUUCCUGCUGCUGCUGCUGCUGGUCGUGGUACCGUCACAAGUACAGGGCGGCAAGAGGGACUGUGAGGCGGCUGGCGGGAGAUGUGUUCCCGCCAAAACCUGUGACGUCACACCUUCUCAACAUGGCUGCCGGGGGCAAGAUGACGUCUGCUGCAUUAACACUCCAUCACGCAAGAACAGUGAAGUAAAGAAACAAAGGAAGAGGAAGCAACUGAAGAUAAAUAAGAAAAAGAGAUUUAGCAAGAAAAGAUACCAGCUGAAGGAGCCCAAAGAUAAAGUGAGGAAGCUGAGAGUUGGUCGCCAGGACACCAGAGAUGAAGGUGACGACAGAGGCGGAUAUGUAGGCAAGACUUGCAAGAAGACGGGCGGACAGUGUCACCCAAAGAAGUACAAGUGUAAGAAGAUUAAAGCCAAGGGAUGCGCAAGAGGAGAAAAAUGCUGUAAAGGAACGCAAGGUGGGCCGGCACAUCAUGGUGGUAUGGUCGGUCCCCGGGGUCCCCCAGGCAUACCUGGAGUUGACGGACAACCAGGACAACCAGGUCCUCCAGGUCCUCCCGCAAAAGAUGGAGCGCCUGGAAAAGAUGGUGCUCCCGGUAAAGAUGGUGUUCCCGGCAUGACCGGUGCUACAGGCAAAGAUGGGUCUCCUGGAGUGGCCGGUCCUCCAGGUAAGGAUGGUGCUCCUGGAAAGGACGGUCCUCCAGGAAUGGACGGUAUGGCAGGCAAGGACGGUCAUCCAGGCAAGGACGGUACUAACGGCACAAACGGUGCACCCGGUAAGGACGGUCAUCCAGGCAUGCGCGGUCAUCCAGGCCAUGAUGGUGCUCCAGGUAAGGACGGUAUUCCAGGCAGAAACGGUACAAACGGCAAUGACGGUACACCAGGGAAGGACGGUACUCCCGGCAAGGACGGCGCUCCUGGACAAAAGGGAGAGCAAGGAUAUCCAGGUACCCCAGGUGCCGAUGGUAAAAACGGUACUGAUGGAACGCCAGGUCGUAAUGGUGCUGAUGGUCAUCCAGGACGUCCAGGACUUCCAGGACCUAAAGGUUCAGUAGGACCUGCUGGGAGACCAGGAUCUAAAGGACUACCAGGACCCUUGGGGCCUCGGGGGCCUCAAGGACCCAGAGGUCAUGUAGGACCUGCAGGAGCACAUGGAACAAAAGGAGCUACUGGAAACAGAGGACCAAAAGGAGAUCCAGGUCCACAGGGAGCUAAAGGAGAUAGAGGAAGCCCUGGACCGCCAGGUGUUCCAGGCAAAAAUGGAGUUAAUGGUACUCAAGGUCCUGUAGGACCCAAGGGAGAGCCUGGAAACAAUGGGUCAGCAAACAAUGGACACAACGGAAACAAUGGAACCAACGGAAACAAUGGACACAACGGAAACAAUGGACACAACGGAAACAAUGGAAACAACGGAAACAAUGGACACAACGGAAACAAUGGACACAACGGAAACAAUGGAAACAACGGAAACAAUGCAAACAACGGAAACAAUGGAAACAAUGCAAACCAAGGAGGCGCUGGAUUAGGAAACAAUGGAGCUGACCUACCAAAAAAGGAUGGAGCUGAUCCACAAAAAAAUGAUGGAGCAGACCUACCAAAAAAGGAUGAAGACACACAAAAAAAGGAAGGAGAAGAUGCACAAAAAAAGGAUGAAGACGCACAAAAAAAGGAAGGAGAAGACGCACAAAAAAAGGAUGAAGACGCACAAAAAAAGGAAGGAGAAGAUGCACAAAAAAAGGAAGGAGAAGACACACAAAAAAAGGAAGGAGAAGACGCACAAAAAAAGGAUGAAGACGCACAAAAAAAGGAAGGAGAAGACGCACAAAAAAAGGAUGAAGACGCACAAAAAAAGGAAGGAGAAGACGCACAAAAAAAGGAUGAAGACGCACAAAAAAAGGAAGGAGAAGACGCACAAAAAAAGGAAGAAGACGCACAAAAAAAGGAAGAAGACGCACAAAAAAAGGAAGAAGACGCACAAAGAAAGGAAGAAGACGCACAAAAAAAGGAUGAAAUAGGCGCAAUAGAAAAGGUUGGAGAAGACGCACAAAAAAAGGAAGAAGACGCACAAAAAAAGGAAGAAGACGCACAAAAAAAGGAAGAAGACGCACAAAAAAAGGAAGAAGACGCACAAAAAAAGGAUGAAAUAGGCGCAAUAGAAAAGGUUGGAGAAGACGCACAAAAAAAGGAAGAAGACGCACAAAAAAAGGAAGAAGACGCACAAAAAAAGGAAGAAGACGCACAAAAAAAGGAUGAAAUAGGCGCAAUAGAAAAGGUUGGAGAAGACGCACAAAAAAAGGAUGAAAUAGGCGCAAUAGAAACUGGAGCAGACCCACUACAAGAGAAAGGAGAAGACCCACCAAAAAAGGAUGAAGCAGGCCAAUUACAAAUACAAUGA